UGAGGACUUAUUACGGAAAUCAUAGCCUACAAAGCGAUAUUGAUGACACUUCAGAUGAGGAACUUUAAAUCUUCAAAAAACAUGGCUAUUUUUGUGAGUAAAAUCUACAUUUGAAUCUCUUCAUUUUAAUCAGCUCAAGUAUAUCUGGAAACUUUUCAGUGGAAACCUAGAACCAUUUCAUAUGAAAAUAUGUUUUUCAACAAAUGAGAAAAUGCUGAAUGCAUUUAAAUGUGCAAACUCUGUGCAGAAGAUGAAUCCCUAAUUUUGAAAGUUUUUGAGCUUUGAGCAUAAAGCAUGUGCAUGUAAAAUUGCAAUAUCAAUUGUAAACAAUAUUUGUGUUCAAGAUGAGGGAGUAAACAGCUAGUAACUUGCAGUAAAAACUUGAUAUUGCAUUCUGGAUAAUAUUUUAUUGCGGCAAUGAGUUGAUCGAAAUCUGACAAUGACAGUCUGGGUGAUUUUGAGAUGUCAACAACAAAACAGAAAUUUCGUGCAGCACGUUUUAAAUACACAAAUUUUCGAGUAUUCAAACGCUUUCUCACCACUUGCAAUUUUAUAAUCCUUCUAAGUGUGGUAAUUACUGUGUCCAUCAUUAUGACGAUACAAAAAAGUGAAAAUGAGGAAAUUUUUACCUCAAAGUUGGAUGAAUUCCAUGCUGCCACUCAGUUUAGACCUAGCAUUCAAUCCACUAUGAAACCUCAAAGUACUAAAAAACAAACGACUGCAGUUCAUGCUCAUAUCCAAACAGGGGAAAAAAUCAACAACGUAUCUAAAAUUACUCCUGAUAAAUUUCCCCAGACACCACCAAUGUUUUCUCCGAAAUUUGCAAUGCCCAUUAUCAAAAUCCGGUCCCACCCAAGACAUGUGAACAAGAGACUGAAGACAACAGAGGAACGAAUGAUUUCUCCUAAAAGGCUAAAAUAUAGAGAUUUUGUUGAUAAAAUGGCUCGGUCAAAAUCGUUUCCAUCAGAGAGUCCCCCUAAAAUGAACGACAAACAUGUUAGCACGGGUAUGAACGACUGGAUUAGGGCUAACAGUCCACGAGAUCAAACUAAGUUUCUUGUGUACUCGGCAUUCUGGGAUGAUAGGUUUGACGAAAACUAUGUACGAAUAAUGGCCAUAAUGGUGACUAAGAACCCUCCUCCUGUGUACUGUAAGCUGCAGAUGAUGGAUGGUACUUCACAAGAUGUUCGUGUGACUCGCAAAAUAAUGAACGAACACUGGAGACUCAAAUACGCAUCGUAUUUUCUUUCCUGUGUGGUUGCUAAAAAUGUUGAUCCACCAUUAAAAGUUUUGGUAUCGCUCCAGAGGAAUUUUACUUACUCGGCAAUGUUGCCUGUUCACCAAAAUAAAGAGAACAUAGUCUCUCCGAGAGGUGAGAUUGCUGUUUGUGUUAAGCCAUUUCAUUACUACUACGACAGAGCCACCUGGUUGCUGGAGUUUAUAGAACUACAUCGAAUUUUCGGAGUUGAACAUUUUUACUUCUACAACCAUUCCGUUGGUUCUAGUGUCGAUGCUCUUCUGCGGUACUACAUGACACAAAAUAUCGUGACCGUUCUACCGUGGAACUUACCAAUACGAUCCCAGAAAGAGGUUCGAACAGAAGGGAUAUUUUCUUCGCUGAAUGAUUGUGUAUUUCGAACAAUGUACUUAUUCCAUUAUGUUGUUAUGUUGGACUUCGAUGAAUACAUCAUUCCACGGGAGCACGACACUUACUUGGAGAUGAUCCAACAGCUGGAGGAAGACAACAAGAGAAUCCGUGGCAAGCCUGGCAGCUUUGUAUUCAAAAAUACAUUCUUCUACCUGUAUUGGGAAAACGACACCACAGCAUUUGGAGCGGAACCUGAAACCCCACCCCUGAUGGUACCGUACCUCAUAACGCAGUACAAAACUAGACGUCUAACAACGACUAUGAAAGUUGGCAGCCGCUCCAAGUACAUAAUUGUUCCUGAAAGGGUAAUUGAGGUUGGAAACCAUGUUGUUUGGAGACAUACCUCAGGAAGCAGAGCAAUUCCUGUACCGGAUACAGUGGCACUCCUGCAUCAUUACCGGAUUUGUGAGUUCGGCGGAUUUAGCUGUAUGAAGAAGGAAAGUCUCGUGGACAGGACAGCUCAGAGAUUUGCUCCGGAGCUUUUGAAGAGGGUUCUACGGCAGUGUCGCAUGGUGUACACUGAAUCAGAAGGGAAAUGUCCUCUAUCUCCUCCCUUAGGAUCACCCUGGUAGCACGCUAAAAAGAAGUGGUUACGACUGUGCUUUUUCGUCUGAGAUUGUAGGAAUAUAUUUUAAGUAAAAUU